UCCAAACGCGUCCCGGAGCAGCAGGUGGACUCGUGCCAAACUUAAUUGGACACAAGAGUCCCGCCCGGGACAGGACUGGAAGUCCUCCCUUCGGUCCGCAGAGCAGGGACAUGAACCCGUCCAGCUCUCGGGCAGCUACUGCCUUACGGACCGGCUGCUGAUGAAGAGGAUGAAGGUGCUUCCUCAGCUCCACGCGCUCCACCAGUGACCCGCGCCGGUCUAAGAUGCCACCGGGCCCCGGCGCUCGGCACGCGGCUCGGAUCGAGAAUAACCCGGGAUAGGCUAACAAAUCACAAAAAGACACAGAACCGAACAAAAGAAGAAGUCCACCUCCUCGGGGAGUCACCCCGAACCGGGACGAACCGGGAGGGAGAACCCGGGGUCGGUGAGCGGUGCGCCGGGGAGCAGAGGCGCACUGAGACGCGCCAAGAGUCGCAGGGAGGAGAGAGGUCCGCAGAGAUGCUGCUCCCGCGGCUUCCGGUUCUGUCGGCGCUGCUCGUCCUGCUGCUGACCGCGGAACGCUGCAACGCGGCGGCCCUGCUCAGGGGCCCCGGAGCCCGAGCGGACGGACGUGCGGAGGGACUCAGCAUGCUGGAGCUGGUGGGCCGGUACCCGAGGAGGGCAGAACUGUUGGGCGGAGUUAAAACCCCGGAGAGAGACAGCAGGUCACAGCAAGGACCGGACAGUCUCCUCCGAGAUCCACGACACAAGGAGAAGUUCCUCAACUACCUGACAGGUCCCCUCUACUUCAGCCCGAAGUGCAGAAGACAGUUCCACAGACUGUACCACAACACGAGGGAGUGCACGGUGCCCGCCCAUUAUAAACGAUGUGCUCGUCUGCUGACUCGACUGGCCAACGGCCCUCGCUGUGCCGAGCGGUAAACAGACUGAGAGACGCUUCAUGGACGGGAAGUGUUGCCAGGACAAGGAGGAGGCUGAUGGGCGACCAACUGACAAGCAGAAGACGUUCUCCAGCCAAUAGAAACCACUCUGAGGCGCCGCUGCUCUCCAUCCUGCACUGGUCUGUGUUGUGUUGACAGAAAUCCUUUAACAUCUCAAUCGACUUUCCUAAACGAACCGUGGCCCUGCACCACCGGGCUCGACUCGACUCAGCUCGCCACUGACGGAAGAAUUAGCUCCACCAACCGCAGUGGAUGGAAACAAACACCCCUUUCCAUUUUCUUUUGACCGAACAUCUGGAUGCACACUUAUGAAACAUGGUCUGGAUAUAAGUCUGAUUUCAGGCUUCAGUCUAGUGGAACCUUAUUUGACUCAUCUUCAACCCACUCCACUUAAUCCCACACACUUGAGCUCAGCUUCACUGAUUUAAAUCCUCUUCUCACUACUCAACGCUGUUUUACUUGACUCUACUUUAAAUCCCCCUCUUUCCGCUGCCACUCAAGCCUCCACUGGACUCCUCUGCUAUUCAUCUACCAUCCUGUCCCUUUCUACUCUGCCCAUAAAUCUGCAGAACCAGACUCACCUCAGCUGUUCUCUGCUGUGUUCUCCUGGACCCCGCUGACUGGACUCUAGUUCUCCUGAUGAUUCUACCGGUUUCUCAUGGAGCCGAGUGGAUCGCAGCUUUAAAAUCAAGGAAAAACAUCCGACUUGAUCUGGAAACUAACGCAGGUCUCAACAUCUUUCGAACGUCUUUUUCUUGUUCUCGCAGGACAUCAGUGUUUCGGUUUUUGUGUUAUUUUGGACGAUGAAACUUUGAGGAACUAAACGGACAAAUCCUCUGCUCGCACAUUUGCUAAUUAACAAGCUGCAGUUGCCUUUUGUUCGGUCGUCCAGUGCGACAGAAAACCCUGAGAUGCUGAAUGUGUUUCAUGUUACAUGAUGCAUAAUAACAACAGUGACAAUAAUAUUCCAGUGUAUUUAUAUUGUUUAAGCUGCC